AUGCCACCAGCCGACAGCUCACCGAAGGAUAAACUGUUCAAGAUUCGCCCGCCUCUCGAGAUGCUGCUCCCGAAAUUCGAGGAGAUUCCUCAGGAACAAUGUCUCUGUGUGGACGAACAGAUAGUACCAUUCAAAGGGCACUCCAGCAUCAAGCAAUACCUCCCCAAGAAGCCUCACAAGUGGGGUUACAAGAUAUUCAUACUUUGUCACUCCAGCGGUGUUGUACACUCUUUUGACGUGUACACAGGCCACAUAGAUCAAGUGCCGGGGUUUCCUGACAUUGGGGCCAGUGGUAACGUCGUCAUAAAGCUCGCUCAGUGCGUGCAGCCUCAACUGAGCCACCUUCUAUACUUUGACAAUUGGUUCAUAUCUCUGAAGCUUUUCAUAAGUUUGGCACAAAGAGGCAUAUAG